CAUUUAACACAACCAUAAGGUUGACAUUUUCUUUUUUUAAAUUACUUUUCACUUGAAUAGAACUGCGCAUAGUAAAGUACUAAAUUUUUCUUUAAAUGUGCUUUUUGUUAACACUAAAUAUGUUGAUAACAAAUCACAUCUCAGUUUAAAAGUUAUUAAUUCUUUUCCAGAAAAAAAAUAUGGAUGAUCAGGGCAAACUUAUGGACUUCAAUUCCAAAGGCGAAGAAAGCUCAUUUUCAGGCUCAGAAACUUAUGGAGCAUUCCACAAUCAUUUCAUUGACUCUGUUCAGCCUUUGAUUGAGUUGAUUGAUUCUCUGAGGUUCAUCGGCAUUGAUAAGGAUAUAGAUCUACCAUCCAUUGCAGUGGUGGGAGAUCAGAGUUCUGGAAAGAGUUCUGUUUUGGAGGCUCUCUCUGGAGUUUCUUUACCUCGAGGAAAUGGUAUUGUCACUCGCUGUCCUCUUGAGUUGAAAUUACGGAAGUUAAAGAAAGGACCGUGGUCAGGGACCAUUUCUUACAGUGGUCACAAAGUGACCUUUAAAGACUCAUUAGAGGUGGAUAACCUUGUCAGAGAAGCUCAAAACAAGCUUGCUGGAAAUACAGUUGGAAUCUGUGAUGAACUCAUUACUUUGACAAUUUCAUCUCCUGAUGUUUGUGACCUCACUCUGAUCGAUCUACCUGGUAUAACCCGUGUACCUGUACAUGAUCAACCUGAGGAUAUUGGCGACCAGAUCAAAAACUUGAUACUGAAAUAUAUUACCAAAAGAGAAACCAUCAUUUUAGUUGUUGUACCCUGCAAUGUUGACAUAGCAACAACAGAAGCACUAAGAAUGGCACAGGAUGUAGACCCUGAGGGAUACAGAACUCUUGCAAUUCUCACAAAACCAGACCUUAUUGACAGAGGAGCUGAGAUUGAUGUUUUGAACAUUGUCUGGGGCAAAGUCAUUCCUCUCAGCAAGGGCUACAUUAUUGUGCGAUGUCGUGGUCAGGGUGACAUCAAUGACAAAAUCUCUCUUUCUAAAGCCAUGGAAAUGGAAAUGAAAUUUUUUAGGAACCAUCGAUAUUUCAGGUAAUUAUAACUUUUAAAUAGUAAUAAU